GGUUCACAUGUAUAGGCAGGUGCAAUCAAAGUAUAGAGAAGGUAUCAUUGGCCAAUCACAUACCCCUGCUCGCCCACAUGCAGUCAAAAUCGAAUGUCGUCAAUCCCCGCCAUCGACCAUUGUUACCCCACCUAAAUAACCCUUACACCUUACCUUAACAGCUGUUUGCAAAGCUUCAAAAUGUCUCUUCCCUUACUUCAACCAAGUGUUCUCCCUCUAAAGGUUAUAAGACCGGAACAAUGGCAGACCUCAACCUCCAAGAGAUUCAAGACACCCUGAUAUCGGUAGCCCGCGAGGCUGGCCGCAUGAUCCUGUCCGCGAACCCUACGGACAUCGCUACAGGAACGAAGCUGAAUUCCGCGGACAUCGUAACCGAAACCGACAAAGCAGUCGAAGCGCUCGUGUCAACGCGGCUGACCAAAGCCUACCCCUCCUUCUCCUUCAUCGGCGAGGAGACGUACAAGCCGGGCAUGCAGGUGACGGCGGCGCCGACCUUCAUCGUGGACCCGAUCGACGGCACGACCAACUUCGUGCACGGCCUGCCCGAGGCGUGCAUCUCUCUCGGCCUCGCCGUCGACCGCGUCCCCGCCGUCGGCGUCGUCUACAACCCGUACCAGGACAAGCUGUACACGGCGAUCCGCGGGCGCGGCGCGUUCCUGACGCUCGGCGCCGCGUGGGGGCUCGAGGCGGGCAAGGGUCGCGUCAGCAAGCUGCCGCUGGCGAGGAACCCGGCGCCGCUGGGCGCGCUGGACACGUGUCUCGUCGCGUCGGAGUGGGGGAACAGCAGGGACGGCGUCAAUUACGAGGUCAAGACGCGGGUUUUUAAGAAGCUGUGCGCGAGCAAGGAGACCGGCGGCGCGAUGGUGCAUUCUAUUCGCAGCCUGGGCAGCGCCGCGCUGAACCUGUGCGCGGUCGCGGCCGGCCAACUCGAUGUUUACUGGGAGGGCGGCUGCUGGGCUUGGGACGUGUGCGCCGGGUGGGCGGUGCUGAAUGAGGCCGGGGGUAUCAUGGUGAAUGGUAACCCCGGCGAUUGGGAGCCUAAGAUCGACUCGCGCAAGUACCUCGCGGUGCGCGGCGCGCCGAGCGGGCAGAGGGAGGUUGUGGAAGAGUUUUGGAAGGUCGUUGGGGAUGGGAGGAUGGAGUACGAGAGUUGAGACACAAGAUACGAGGUAUGCGAGAGUCGAGCUAUCCAGGGCUAUGCACCGACGGUCAUGGCUUAUUGAAAGGGCAUUUUUACAUUCGAGGUAUGUAGGUUAGGUAGUUCUUCUUGUCGCGUUAGACAAAGAAGAAGGGAUAGACAAUUGAUUGAAUAGAUCAAGGGGCAUAGCAUGCCAUCCAUUCCAGAACACCCCCCCU